CUGCUGACGCCAACCUUUUUGUACUAUUUCUUUGUACGAGCUUGGUAUUCUGACAGCUCUUACGCCAUUUAUCGUUCAGAUGGAAUCACACUAGACACCCGUCCUCCUGAUGUAACGUCAAGAACUGGGAUAGCUGUGAAAGAGCACAUUAACGAAAGUUCCACCAUCGACACUGACUUCUUAACUGAAACUGACCAUGUAAGCAUCUCUUGGUGGUACGUAUUUCGCGAUGAGUCAGGAGGCUUAAGUCAAUUUGAAGUAUCCCUCAGUACCUUUCCAGAAGGCGAAGAUAUAGAGAGUUUUCAGGUUUUACCAGGAAAUGUAGAACAACACACAUUCCGGAAUCUAGAUUUGAAGAAUGGGCAGCGCUACUAUAGCAAUGUCAGAGCCUACAACCAUGCUGGUCUUCACACGUUAGUAGUGUCUGAUGGGUUCGUAGUGGAUCUUCAGCUUCCUGUUGCUGGAAUGGUUCUUGAUGGCAACGAUCUCCAUGACAUUAAAUACCAGUCAUCACCUGCGGUUGUAAAAACAUCGUGGCUUGGAUUUGUAGAUUUUGAGUCAUUCACGAGCUACUUUGAAUCUUGUAUCGGCGAGACCGAUGACCCAGAGGAGUGCAGAGUUAAGGAAUGGCAAAGAGUUAAGAUUGGUAACUCUGUUACGUCAUAUCUUUCCAGAAAUCUAACUACUGGAUUGAGGUAUUUUGCAAAAGUUCGAAGUUACGACGCAGCCGGCCAUGUAUCGCUAGUUUCUGUUUCCGAUGGAUUCAUCGUCGAUACCACACCACCAGAACCAUUAGAACGUGUUUAUUAUGGCGAGAAUAUCAUACAGAAUCCUUCUUUUGAGGAGAGUCCACAUAGUAUUCCGUGGUCAGGACAACUAGAGGACAGUCCACAAUGGAUAGUUUCCAAGGAGCUAUUACCUAAUGGAUGGAGUUUAAUUAAUAACUCUAGCUUAGUCGUUUAUACGGCGGAGCAUUCGCAUGUUCAGGAUGGUACAUAUUUUAUCGUGCUUCAAGGUGGACUUACACAGUCGGUAAAGACAACACGAGGACAUCAUUACAUUUUGAUGUUUUAUACAAAGUUUGUUACAUCCUCAUCCGUCCCAUUGAUUAACCAAGAGGGUUCUGUUCAGGCACCUGGUAUACGUCGUGUUUUUAAGCUGUACAACAAGGACAAUGGCAAUCACAUGCAUGGAGGCAAUGAUGUUUGGCAGAAGCAUGUCUAUUUCUUCACUGCUGACACAACAGAAAGCAAAAUUAUCAUAUCUACAGUCAGUUUACAUGGUAUGAUGAUGGCAGAUAAUAUAACAAUUUCAUCGUAUUCGUACAAUGAUGAUAACAAGAACUCGGCAACAGUGACUGCAGAUGGUGCAAUACAUUUUCAAACUCAGUUUAUACACGACUGGUCAUCGAUACACGCUAUAUGGCACUUUUUCGACCCAGAAAGCCCCAUUGUGGACUACACAUGGGCAAUAGGUACUGUUCCAGGCGGGACUCAGGUGCAAGGAUUCAAAUCGGUUGGGACAAAAAGAGAAGGAUUAAAUACGGAGGUCAUACUCCAAAACGGUGUCCAAGUAUACGUGACUGUAGUCAGUACGAACGCAGCUGGUCUAGCUACUCGAGUUAUAAGUGCGCCCCUUACGAUAGACUUGACAGAACCAGUUGUGGACUUUGUCCAUGAUGGUGCAGAGGAGGAUGAUAUUGAUUACCAAACUGAUCAAAAUUUGGUGGUCACGUGGUCUGCAUUUGAUGCACAAAGUGGCAUUUACUUGUGUGAAUGGGCAAUAGGUUUGAAUCCAUUAACUGAUGAUAUCCAGGAAUUCAGGCCAAUUAAUUGUGAUGACGGUUUCGGAAUCGCCACAGUUAAUGACACGCUAUACGAGAAUGUACGAUUAUUCUCAACCAUUCGAGUCCACAACAAUGCUGGUAUGAGCACCACUUAUAAUUCUGAUGGCAUUGUCAUAGUGACUCGUCCACCAAUAACAGAUAAUGCAAACGUUAGAGUGUUGAUAACGUCACAAUCUUCUUAUACGCCCCGUGGAUAUUACCAAUCAGAUACAAGAAACUUAGCCAUUGCUUGGAAUGGCUUUUAUGAUCCUGUGAAAAUCACUCGCUAUGAA